UGGGUUGAUGGUACAUGCUGCUUUGCUUUGUAUUCAAAAUUGAAUGUGGAUAAGGUUCUCAUGCAUCCAUCGCCUUUAGGCCUUGCCAAAGCCCUAAAGAAUCCUGUUGAGAUAGAAGGAUUGAAGAAUGCACACAUUCGGGAUGGUGCAGCUGUUGUGCAGUAUCUUAUUUGGCUGGACAAGCAGAUGCAGGAAUUUUAUGGGGCUUCUGGAUAUUUUAUUGAGGGUGAAAGUUUCAAGAAGAAUGACCAACCAAAAUCGGUGAAACUGACUGAAGUGUCUGUAAGUGACAAGCUAGAGGAGUUCCGUGCAUCUAAACAGGUAUUGGCUUUACUCCCCCGCUAUAUAUAUAUAUAUUUUCAACCGUACCCUGGAGACACUGUCAAACCCAUUUCUUCUUACUUGUCAUGCUCUAGUUUUGGGUGUCUCUUACGGUUUCCUAAUGGAACCACCGGGCAAACUCUCGAUAUUCUUGCACGGUGCCCUUUGUGGAAGGAUGGUCUUGACUACAGACAUGGUACUGGUCAUGGAAUUGGGUCUUACCUAAAUGUUCACGAAGGACCUCAUCAAAUUAGUUUCAGACCACCUGCUCAGAAAAUACCAUUACAGCCUUCAAUGACUGUUACAGAUGAACCUGGUUAUUAUGAGGAUGGUAACUUUGGUAUAAGAUUGGAAAAUGUGCUCAUAGUAAAGGAGGCUGAUACAAAGUUCAAUUUUGGUGGCAAAGGCUAUUUGUCAUUUGAGCAUAUAACAUGGGCACCAUAUCAAAGGAAGUUGAUUGAUGAGAGCCUUCUCGUUGCUGAAGAAAUUGAAUGGUUGAAUAAUUACAAUUCCAAGUGCAGGGAAAUCCUUGCACCGUACCUGAAUACAACUGAGAUGGAAUGGCUUAAGCAAGCUACUGAGCCUAUUGGUGCUUGAAUUAUUCUCCAUCUAUUGCUAGACUGAAACUUUAAGGAUAAUAUCAUCCUCUUACCAAAUUUCUGAAUGGAUAAACAGCUCUACUUAUUAUGAGAUGUGAUCACACACAUCGUGAAAAACUUUUGUCCAAGAAUAAUUGGUUUGCUUAAAUUGGUUUUGGUGGGAGUAUUAUGAUAUAUGUUUCAAUUUACUUCAAAA